AUGUGGCUGGCCAUUCUUGACAGAUUAAAGACUAAGCAAAGAUUGCUGAAUUUUCAAAUGGUGAACAACUCAACAUACUUACUCUGUGAUAUUCAUGAAGAAAGUGUAACUCACCUAUUCUUUGAAUGUCAUCUUAGUAAGAGUUGUAUUCAGAAGGUGAAAGAGAAGAUGGGUUGGGGUGCAAAAUCUGAAGAAUUGCGCAGCCUUUUGUGGUGGAUCUCUCGGGCUCAAAUGAGUAAGUUUUGCAAGCUGGUUUAUGCGGCUUUUGUUGCUGCGGUGGUUUAUCAUAUCUGGAAAGCAAGGAGCGAAGUUUUUUGGUUGUUUAAGGUGAGAAUAAUAGAUUUAAUUGUGAAUAAUAUUAUAAGUGAUGUCAAAAAUAGAGUACAAGGUGUUAUGCCUAAAACAGUUACUAGUAUUGACAUGGAGUGGUUUGAAUCAUUGUAA